CGCCUCUACUAGUGCAUUAGCUUUGCAGGGAACAAACCCACAACUGCACCAACAAGGAAAUUGUGUCUGUCUUCGAGAGGAGAAUACUGGGAACUGUGGGACACUUUGCUCAGUAAGAUUAAAACACAUGGACCUGGAAGAGCCAUAAAAAUGGAAAGCAGAUCCUCAGAGAUGGAAUGGCGUGAGCUGCCCUACGACCGCUGGACAGAAUCUCACGUCAGCUCCUGGUUGAGAUGCAUUGGAAUAAAAGAAAUGUACAUAAAAAAACUGGAGGAUGAGGAGGUGACAGGACCAGUCCUCACAUCUCUACAGAAGGACUACCUCAGCACUACAAUAGGAAUGAAAAGUGGCCAAAUUGAGCAUCUGCUGAAGAAAAAAGAUGAACUUGUAAAGUCCGAACAGCACAAAACAAAAACUAAAAGUGAUUCGUGUGGUAGAGGUAAAGGUGACAAAACCGGAAAUGUGUGUGAUUCAAGACAACCAAACGUUGGUUCACAGGACCCUGGUGAUGGAGCAGAGACACUGAAUACCCCUGUAACACACGACAGGUCAGAGUCAACAGAGGUAGAUUUGUCUUUCUGUGAGUAUCGAAAAUUUGAUCAGCAUGAAAAGGACUGCAGGUAUGUAAAGCACAAUGUUCUUCCACCAGAGACAGGAAUUGAAGACAUGAUAGUUCCAUGUCAUGAAUAUAAAUCACUUGAGAUUGCACACAAUCUAGACUCAAUAAGGCUGAAAACAAAAGUAGCCAAAGAGGUAUUGAGAUUUGCAUGUGCGUGCAUGAAUAUGAGAACCAAUGGGACAAUUCAUUUUGGCAUUAUGGAUAAAGUCAGAGGUACUCACAAGCAUGGAGAAAUCAUAGGGAUACCUAUCAAAAAUCAGGAAGACUUUGUGGACGCCUUAGACUACAUUGAAAAAUGCUUCAAUGAUUCGAGUCAACAAUGUGAUGCCAGGCAUUGCAUAAAGAACCCUCGAUUCAUUGAGGUGCUGGACAAGGAAAACACUGAGAAAACAUGGGUCAUUGAAUAUGAUGUUGUCCCAGAAGCAAGCAUUGUAAAAGAUAAUUUUUACUCUGUUGGUGUCCCAAAUUUCUCUGAGAAGGACAACAAAGUCAAAUGUGAAGAGAAAGUGCCCUUGUGCAGAGUAGGAGCAAACACAUCACGCAUACCUCAGGACAACCUUGUUCGUUUCAUCCAAGGACUGAGAGAGAAAGACCAACAGAGAGAGGAGGCAGAAUCUUCCAGCAGUCAAACGGCUGUGGACUUAGGAGAGGAUCAAAAGAGGAAGCUCACCAUCCUCUUAACGUGUGGAAAAACCCACAUGGACAACUCUCUGUCUUACAUAGUUGUUACAAACAAAUUUCAGCCGGAGCAUCUCGACAGUAUCAGCUUUUUGCUUCCCAUGCAUCUAUUCUGUGUGUUUGAUUUUGACCCUGAUUCAAAGACAUCUGGUCUAUGUGGUCAAUUUAAGAAACAGAAGGCUGUAAACCUUCACUUUCUUGCUGACUACUCAAAAGAAAGCAGUAUGGGAACUACAGAUUUCAUCAAAUCUUUACAGCUUUUUGAGAGAACAAGCUGGAUUUUCUGCAAUGGGAGAACCAACUUCCCGGGUGGGGACCAAACCUGUGAUGAAAAAACCUGGAUAAAAACAAGAAAAAAGAAACUGAAGAAAGCGAUAUCACUCAUCUGCAAUGAAAUUCUUCCCAGGGGAUCAUUUGUUGUCCUCUUCCUUCUCAUGUCUGAUGUUGAGCAGCCGAUUGUUGAUACCUUCCAUGAAUUCUUUGCAGAGAUGAAUGGGCAUGACUUUUUGACUGUCAUAUCAGAGUCUAAGGAAAACUACAAAAAAUGGUCCAGUCUCGCCCAGCUGUCCUGUGACAUGUCAACACUCAAAGAAAUCAGCAUUGUAGAAAUGCCACUGAGUCACGUGGAUGCAACAGUUCAAAGCAUUCAGCUCUCAAAGAAUAAACCCACAAGGACAUUACCAGUCUUGAACGGAGGGCUAUGCUUCCUUAAGUCAGUUGACGAGGCCAGGCUGGAUUCUUUGGAAAGCAUCAGUGUGGACCAGUGUGACGACACAAAACUGGAGGUUAUGAGUGAAAAUGAAAUCCAACAAAUUGAGACUUACUUCUAUCGGGGUGGAAAGAUAGAUUGGAUUCACUUUUGGCUUGCUGACAAACACAAGUGUGGGGCCAUUAUAAAGAGGGAUGCCUACAAAGAAGCAAACACAAUCCUGGACAAGAUAGUACAUCGUAGCAGAGCCAUACGUCCCGUUGAGAGCGUGAACAUAUACCAUCAUCCUGGCAGUGGUGGUAGUACUGUGGCACGACAGAUCCUCUGGAGUUGGAGAGAAAAAAUACGAUGUGCAGUUGUAAGACAGAGCAAGGAAAUCACAACCGUGUGUGAGCAUGCAGUGACACUGAGGGAACACGACGAGAGAGAUAAAAACGACUGUCUGCCAGUGCUCUUGCUCUUGGAGGACAAAAAUGCCGAUUACAUAGAUGAUCUGAGACGGGAACUUGGAAAUGUCAUUGCAACGAAGAAAAUAAAUCCAUCUGUGUUGUGCUUUAUCCUGCUCAUCUGCAACAGAUCAAAUGAUCCUGAGAGAAUGUGCCGAGCAUCAGCAUCUCAAACAGUAGCAGUCAGACACCAGCUGUCAAACAUAGAGAAACCUUUGUUCUCAGAAAAGCUUAAGCAGCUUAAACUGCAGUUUCAAGCAGACUUCAUCCUAACGUUCGUUCUGAUGAGCGAAGAGUUCGAGCCAACUUACAUUAAAGGCUUUGUGAAAAACCUUUUAGAUAACAUUGAUCAUUCAUCACUUAUCACUCGCCUCAUCAGAUUUGUGGCUCUCCUGAAUUGCUAUGUUAAAGACUCAUACAUAUCAGUGUCACACUGUGAAGCAUGCCUCGGCAUAGCUACCCACAGGGAAACCCAGUACCAUUCAUUUGUGAGUCAACUCAGUGGAGAAGCAAAGCUUAUUUUCAUCCACCUUAAGGAAGAAGACACACACAUCUCAUCAAUAAGGAUCAUUCAUCCACUAGUGGCAAAGGAAAUUCUGACUCAGCUGUCUGCACAUAAGCCUCAGAGUGAUAUUGCCAUGGAUCUCAUCACUGACAAGGUACUGAUCCAUCACAGGUUUGACAGGGAUACAUUCCAGAAGUUCAUCAAGGCUCUUUUCAUCAGACGUCACAAAAAGAGCAGAGGAGAUCCUGAAGACACAACUUUUUCACCCCUCAUUGAGCAUGUCACCAAAAGAGGUGAUGUUCAGAAAGCUGUUGAUCUCAUGAAAGCAGCUUUCAUUGUUUUGGAAAAAGAUGCAUUUGUGGCACAACAGCUUGCCCGGCUGCUUUACACAAAUCUUAGGUUUGAGGAGGCCAGAGAAUGGGCAGAGGAAGCAAAAUCUAUUCUUCCAUAUGAUACAUUUGUCCUCGACACACUGGGGCAAGUUUACAAGAGGUGGUUUUACCACUUGUAUGACAACCUUGAGGAAAAAGAACCAUCCCCUGAAAGGGAAAUUGAAAUCAUAAGCACUGCUCUCAAAGGGAUUUCUGCUUUCCGAGCCUCUGAAAAAGCACCAAAGAAAGAGACCGUCAGUCUUAACAGCUCAUACUAUGGGGAAGUCGAUGUUGGCUGCAGGCUGCUAAAGUUCCUGUCAGGAGUAGAUGUUUUUUCAAACGAUACUGGAAAAUCAGAGUUGAUGCAGUACUUGUUAACGGACUACAUACCAGCAAAGGUCAAAACACCCUGGCAGAGGUUUCAUCAGCAAUUGAAGGGAUUACAGAAGUGUUUGAGUCAAGCGCUUGAGUGCAUUUCCGAAGACCUCAGCUACUUUCAGACCGACAUCAGCGAAGAGGAUGUAGAGCUUGAUGCAAGAGAUCCAGAACAAGUUUACAAUCCAAGAGAGUGGUUGACAAAGAAGAGUGCUGUAUAUGCUGGAUUUUUUUGUGUUAUAUCUGAUGAGAGUGACCAAGCAACUGAAAGCUACAGUGCUGACAUGGCAGCUCUGGCUGAAAAACCUUCUUCAUUCCAAAGACAGAUGAGGACCUACAAGCUUGGUGGAGGAAAUGUUACUGCCAUCCUCUCAUUACUUUAUGACAAGAACCCACAUAGAGCAGGAAAAAAACUUGAGACAAUAAUUGGCAUGUACCCAGAAAACCUGAAAUGGAGUGACAUUGACGAGACAGAAAUGGUAAACUUCAUAUUUUGCCAGAUAGCUCUGAAUUGUACUCUACCUGGGUCCAUAAAUCUCCUGUCCCUUCAAAAGCUACAAGAUCUAAGCAAGAGGUUUAUUAGAAAAGGGAGAACCAUGCCAUCAGCCAGUGCCCUCUUUCUUCUCUCACUUCUGUUUUGGCCUGAGACAAGCGAUGAACUCGUUUCUUCGGAUAUCAAGAUCCUUUUAUCAGCCAUCGAUCAACUUCAGAUACUCUGUGAGCAGAAGAGCCAGAAUGUGUCUCUGAGGAAAAGCAGAAUCGUGACCCACUUCUUUCUGGCAAAGGCAAGAGGUCUGAACAAGAUUGUCCACCGCACUGCCAUUGAAAAGCAUGUAAAUGGCACUUUAAGUGAGAGAAAACUGAAAUGGCUUGGAGGGGAAGUAUGGAAAAGUCGGCAAGUAGUGCAGUUACUGAAACGUGUUGAAGGAUGGACUGAAAAUGGAAGCUUGUUUGUGAAAGGAGAAACCAAAAACGGCAAGAUGAGGGUUCUACCUCGGUAUUCCGCCUCCCUCCCCCAUGGAAAUGAAAGUGUAACCUUCUACUUGGGUUUUACAUUUCAUGGAGUGUUUGCCUUUGAUGUCCAGGUAAUGGGAUAAUGUAAAUCAGAGUAAAUCUACACACAUACUAUCUGACGUUAAAUGAUCUUGAGGGACAAGAUGUGACCACACAGGUUCCUCUGGGUCACAGUGGGCGGCUGUGGCGUAUAGCGGUCGUCCUCCAACCACAAGGUCAGCAGUUCAAUCCCCAGUCUUCCCCAUCUGCAAGACACUGAACCUCAAAAUUGCCCCUCAGAGAACAAAAAAGUUCUGCUAAUAGAUGCACUGUAUGGGUGAAUGGCACUGCCCUGUAAAGAGAGACUAGAAAGACUAGAAAAGCCCUAUAUAAAUAUAAACCAUUUACAAAGACUACCAAAAUAAGAUGAAAACCUUCAUUUUUAAAUACGUCUACACUUGUGAUGGCCUUACUGAUACAGAAUUAUAUAUCAUACAAUGAACAGUCACCUCGAAGUUUUGGAACAGUAAAGUUGUUUCCUUUAUUUUUGUUGUACAGUUUUGACUUUUUAUUUCCUUGUAUUUGCAUUAUCAUCCUUUUUUUAAUUUUUUUUUUACAGUAUUUACAAAUAUAUUCAUUUUUAACAUUUCUACUUUCAGUUAUUGAUCGGUUUGCCCUUGUUUUGAAUGAUCUGAUACGUGUUACUGCAUUGUCCCAGUAUAAAAAGAAAUCUGCUUGUUAGUCAACAAGAAGCAUUUUUGUCUGACAAAAUUGUAAAGUGUUAAUGUCUAUCAAUUUCAUCUUGAUGUGAACCAUAUUUUUUAGCCUGAAACUUUUUUUUUUCUGUUUAAUAAUAAAUAAAUAUUUCACUUUUGCUUCUU